GGAGGAAGGAGCUUUGUAGUGGCGGCAGAGAGGGAGGCUGUGGAAUAGCAUCACAUAAGCACAGCCCUACAACAAAGAACUGGAGGCGGCAACUCCUGGCCUGGCAAACUCUUCAAAAUGUUCUCCCGAUUAAGAAUAGCUGCUGCUCCCUGUGUAUUAGCAUGCCGUGGCGUACAUACAAAAGAAAAAGGCAAACUCUUGAUGCUGAACCCCAGAACAAAUAAGGGAAUGGCUUUUACAUUAAAAGAACGGCAGAUGCUCGGGUUGCAGGGGCUUCUGCCUCCGAAGAUAGAGACGCAAGACAUCCAAGCCUUGCGUUUCCAUAAGAACGUGGCCAAAAUGACCGACCCUUUGGAAAAAUACAUCUAUGUAAUGGGGAUGCAGGAAAGGAACGAGAAGUUAUUCUACAGGGUGUUGCAAGAUGACAUUGAGCAGUUAAUGCCGAUAGUUUAUACACCGACAGUAGGCCUAGCAUGUUCCCAGUACGGACAUAUCUUUAGGAGGCCAAAAGGGUUGUUCAUUGCCAUAACAGAUAGGGGACAUAUUAGAUCAAUUGUGAACAACUGGCCAGAGAAUGAUGUAAAGGCUGUCGUCGUCACGGACGGAGAACGGAUCUUGGGUCUUGGGGAUCUGGGUGUGUAUGGAAUGGGGAUUCCUGUGGGCAAACUCUGUUUAUAUACCGCAUGUGCUGGAAUACAUCCCGAUAAGUGCCUACCUGUGUGUAUCGAUGUCGGCACUGACAAUCAGACUCUCUUGCAGGACUCAUUUUAUAUGGGACUUUACCAGAAACGAGAUCGAUCACAGCUGUACGAUGACCUCAUUGAUGAGUUCAUGGAAGCCAUUGUAGGCAGGUAUGGCCAAAACACCCUCAUUCAGUUCGAAGACUUUGGCAACCAUAACGCUUUCCGCUUUUUGAGGAAAUACAGAGAAAAAUAUUGCACCUUCAAUGACGAUAUACAAGGAACCGCUUCGGUGGCGUUAGCCGGGUUGUUGGCAGCCCAGAAAGUUACCGGUAAACCAAUCUCAGAGCACCAGAUCUUGUUCCUCGGCGCAGGAGAGGCUGCCCUUGGAAUUGCGAACCUCAUUGUCAUGGCUAUGGCGGAAAGCGGGCUUUCUACAGAAGAAGCUUAUAAGAAAAUCUGGAUGUUCGACAAGUUUGGGUUAUUGGUCCAGGGUCGGGAACAAACGGUGGAUGUCAACCAAGAGCCCUUCACUCAUCCAGCCCCAGAGCAGAUGCCAAAGUCCUUCUUAGAUGCAGUGAAUGUGCUUCAACCUUCUGCCAUCAUUGGUGUCGCAGGCGCUGGCCGGCUCUUUUCUCACGACGUGAUCAAAGCGAUGGGCUCCAUCAAUCAGAGGCCAAUAAUAUUUGCACUCAGUAACCCGACCGUGAAAGCAGAAUGCACCGCUGAGGACGCCUACACGUUAACAGAGGGGCGUUGUCUCUUUGCGAGCGGAAGUCCAUUUGAGCCAGUGAAGCUGAGCGAUGGCCGGUCCUUCAAACCAGGCCAGGGAAACAAUGCUUACAUAUUCCCAGGUGUUGCUCUUGCUGUUAUUCUCAGCGGUGUUCGACACAUUAACGAUAAAGUCUUCUUGGAGGCUGCGAAGACUUUGACGGAGCAGCUGAGCGAGGAAGAACUUGCCGAGGGAAGACUUUAUCCUGCACUCUCCAACAUCAGGGAGGUUUCUGUGAACAUCGCUGUUAAAGUUAUGGAAUUUCUGUAUGCCAACCACAUGGCAUUCCAUUACCCCGAGCCUAUGGACAAGACCCAGUACAUAAGAUCAAGGAUGUGGAGCUACGAGUAUGAAUCCUUUCUACCAGAUAUGUACGACUGGCCAGCAUCUACGCCACACGUGCCGGAAACACGCUGACGCGCCCCCAAAGGCCCCACUCCUCAGGUGGCAUCUGAAAUUCUGCAGGGAACCCCUUUCCAGAACACUUUUCAAAUAAGGAUGUUUUGAUACUGAUGACAUCACUUUUUGUUAUGCCAAAAAAAGAAGGAAAAAAAAGGUUUUCAAUCCGGCUCCAUAACCAUAGCUUGGAUUGAUUGUUCACGGUGUGGAUUUUCCCUCUAAUGACCCACGCUCCCCUGAAUUAAGUGAUUGUCUGGCAA